UUCACACAGGCAGCGACUCAGUCCAUUGGCAGGUAGAGAGUUCAGCCACUUCCUCUGAUCAGAUCAGAGUGAGGGGAGGGGGACUCAGAACGAGGCAGCCAGAAAAAAAAACAAAAAAAAACAACCAGGAGUGAACGAGAGAGAGAGACAACCCUGUUCACACACACAGAAAGACAGUAAUAAGAGAGUCAUGGAUGUAGUGAGGACAGGUGUGAUUGUGCUGUUUGUGCUCCUGGUGCCUGUUUCCUGUACAAACGUGUUUUUCACUGAGCCGGUCACCUGCUUCCUUCUGGACGGGAUUCUGAUUCUUUAUUGCAUCAUUGCUACUGCGUUGUACUUCAGAGAAAAGUUUUCCUUCAUCCAGCCUGUUGAAGUGUCUGAUAACCAGGAACCUAAUGGAGUCGUUUACCAGGAGCUCAUGAGACCAAAUGACACCGAUCCCUACCAGGUGCUCGAGCCUUCGAAGAGAAAAAAAAAAGCUGGCAAGAAGAAGAAAUCACCAAACCCAGGCCCAGCUGAGGGGAUGGACAGAGACUACGAACCUUUGAACGCCAGGCACAAUGCUCCACCUCUGUCUCCACACUGAUGUCCUCCAACCUGCCUUCUCCUCCUCCUCUGUGUCGCUGAUUAGAUCUGAAACCAUUAGCUGAUUAAUUUAUCAAAAGAUUAACCAGCAGCUAUUUCAACAAUCAAUUGAUUGUUCUAGUAAUUUAUCAAAUUAAAUUGCAAAGAUUUUCUGCUUUUCUUUUAUAGGCCAGUAAAUUAUAUGCCUUUGGGUUAGGGACUGUUGGUUGCGCAAAAAACACAGAUUUCUUCCAUUUUAUAAACCAAAUGAUGAAGAAAAUGAGAGUUAUUGGUUAAUUAUAAUAACAAUAAUUGCUGACUCAAAUGUAAGCUCUUAAGAUGUACAUUAAACUUUUAUUUUUUGCACUUUUUCAGGUUAUUAUCCACAUAAAAGCAUCAUGAGGCUGUAAUUAAGCACAGCUAACGUGCUAAUGCUAACAAUGGCAAUGCAGCCAAAUGUGUCAAACACUUGUUGAUUCCAGCUUCUCAAAUGUGAGGAUUUUCUGCUUUACUUCGUCAUUGAUGAUAGUAAAUUAAUCUUUGUGUUUAAGACUGUUGGUUGUGUCAUUUCCUAGUUUCCAGUUUAUUGUGAUGCACCUUUUUUUCAGUUUUUCUUAUAUUUCAUAAACCAAAUGAUAAGGAAAAUGACAAAUUAAGGUAUGUCGAGAAAAAUGAUUAUUAACUCUCAGAUAUACAUUAAAACUUUUUAUUUUUGCAUUUAGGCUACAUAUCAGCCACAUCAAAAAACAGUCUAACCAUACAUGAGACUGUAAUUAAGCAUCGCACUUGCUAAUGUGCUAAUGCUAACAAUGACAAUGCUUGCAAGAUUUGGUUUGAUGGUUUUGGACAUAAUUUGAAGUUUUUUGUGUAUAUUUCAUAAUUGUCAUCACAAUAACAAAACCAGGCUAGCCUACAGGCAACAUGAGGCUGCAAUUAUAGCACAGCAGUGGCUAAUGUGCUAAUGCUAACAAUGACUACCAGCACAAUGGUACUGUAUAGAAAGUUAGUGGUUGGAGCUUUUGGCUGCUAUAUUUAAUCACACUUCAUUAUGUGGAUACCAAUUAAAGACAAGCACAUAUCAAAACACUUGGAAAAUGGUUUAAUGAUGUUUACAACAAAAGAGAACUGUACAUUAACAGUAAAAGAUUAUCUUUAUAUGUGUAUAAAAACAAAACAAACAAAAAUACAGCAGACAAAUGCAUCAAAAUCUACUAUGUAUCCUGAUUCACAUACUUAAAACUCCUACACAAUCUUUCAGUUCUAUGCCACCGUGACUGGAGGCAGUUUGUUUGUUGUUUUUUUUUCUGUUUUUUUUUUUUUUGUUUUGUUGUUUUUUUUGUUUUUUGUUUUUUUUUUCCUUGUAGUCAGAUCGGAGCAGUGUCCCCUCAGUGUUGUUGUCCAUGAUGGAAACCAGGACUCUUUACAGUAAGAGUCCUGGGAAGACAAUUCAAUAUCAGACUGCAGUAUAAGAAAAAGGGUAAAUAAAAUCUAGGACACAUUCCUUUAGAUGAGCCCAAGCUUCCAACGUGAGUAGUAGUAAAUGUUUUACAGAAUGCAUUUCUUUAGUUACACAGACAUUAUAUGUACAUGGUUGGCGUUUCCUCAUUUUUUUUUUUCCUCUCAUUUUUCUUGCUUGUUGAAAGCCAUGGUCACUUGGGCUGUGAACUGAUAAUCACACACAUAACACACCCAAAAAACAUACAAAAAUACUAUAUCUUUAACCUACCAAGAGUAAGACAGUUCUGCAAUUAGUUCCAUGCUGUGACAGAAAAAAGAGAUUACGACAAACAAACGAGAAACAGACGCUUUUCACGCAAGUUUUUUUUCUCAGAAAUAUACCAAAAUAUACAUCUAAGCUUUGGAAUUACUGAGGCUAGGACUAAAGCCAGUGCUGGGUUUGUCUCUUAAUACACAUGCUGCAGGGUGGAAGGGAGAGAAAAAAGACACAGGACAGAGAGAUAUCUUUGGUAUCUGCAUUUGUCAAAAGUUAAAUAUUUGGAUUUUUGCUUUGGGAUAGCGCUUGCGAGGUCCUUAAAACCUCACUCGGAGUAAAGCAUUAAACAAAGUGUCACUGAAGCCCGUCGGCCAGGAGGUCUGAGCCGGAAGGGACACAGUCCAUGCAGAGUGACGGACCAUGAUGCAUAGUGUCACAGCUGAUCAGAGUCUGUAGUGAAGAGACGAUGUCAAAGGGCAGAGCAGAGGAGGAGGAAGAAGGUGGUGGAGGAGGGGACACAGCAGUGAGUUUUAGCAACCGCAGGAUGUGUAUUCCUGGAGACAACAGGGUUAAUGUCCUGGGACUAUACAGUGUAGAGAUGAGGAAGAGACGGACAUACUGUGAGAGGCAGGAACAGCAUUUUCACCACAGUCCUUGAGAGAGAAAGAGUGGAGGAGGAGGAGGAGGAGAGGGAAGAGGGGGGCAUCCUAGCAACAGCUCAAGACAUACAAACAUACAGAGUCCUGAGCAUUUACAGUGUGCACAGGAUUAACCCUCAGUGUGUAUUAACAAACAUCACCCAGCUACCACCAGAUUGGUUCAUGUGUGUCUGCCGGAGAGAAGCCCGCUCAGCCCCUGGUUCGACCCCUCCCCUCGGAUCCCCACCCACAGGCACUGAAACCGCAGCACCAACGCGACGCCGGAGUGUUAUUUUUUCCCGGGCGGAUACACAUUCGCAUGCAAUAAAACAGCAAACUGUCUACAAGGUGAAUGGAGGGGCUCUGGUGAGAGCGUGCAGCCGGGAUUUGAUGCUGAGCAGUGAGGCGGGGACGGGCGAGAGGCGGUGUUGUUCACAUACAAUCAAGUUUAAAGUCUUUGGUUAAUGUUGGUACCACAAGAGAGCGAGAGCGGGCUGCGACAGCACACCGUUACAUGGGAAGACUUGCACAUACCUGCCCCUGGUCAGGGUGAAAAACAAACAAAAUAAUACAAAAACAGGAUUGUCAAAACUUAAAGAAGGGAUGCUCAAAAAGUUUGAGGAAUAUAUUAAAAUAAACUUGAACAAAAACAAUUUCCAUCCAAUGCUGAAAUACAUCAGUGUGCAGCAUAAUAAACACCGAAUUGUGAAAAAAACGCAGCAGACAUUCAUGGGUACUGGUAUGUAUUCUGUCUCCCCCUUGUGGUGGCAUCUUACACAACCCCUUCACGAAGCGCAGGUAUGAACGGGCUUCUCCACUGACACAAGUUUGAGUAUUUUCACCAAUUUUUUGUGGUUUUUUUUUUCUUUUUUAAAUAUUUUUAUUUCUUAAGUAGAUUAAAGCAGGUUU